AUGAAGAUUGCUGUUCUGUGCUUGUGUCUUUUCGCCAUCGCCUUUGCGAAUCCACUCGGUAAAUCAAAAUUCCACCACGAUUCAGUGAGUUCAGAAGAAAAGCAUGGCUCCAGCUCCAGGGGUCACCAUGCUCACAAACACCACCACCAUCACAGCCAUUCGCACAGCCAGGAACAUAGCCACGAGCAUGUGAACAGCCAUGAGUCACAAGAACAUCAGUCGUCCUCUCAUCUGAGCUCUGAGUCUUCAGAAGAGAGAGAAGAAAUCACUGAGCAACAAACCCUUCUGGCACUUUCUGGUAAAAGUAAGGAAGACAACCUCGACCACAGCAAUGUGGAUGACCACGAUGGUGCAGAUGACCACGACUUUGUGGAUGACCAUGAUGAUGCAGAUGACCACGACUUUGUGGAUGACCAUGAUGAUGCAGAUGACCAUGACGAUGUGGAUGAUGACAGCCACAGUGAUUCUGAUGAUUCUGAUGAGUCCAAUGACAGUUCUGAUGAAGUUGUCACUGAUGUUUCCACUGAUGUUCCUCCCACGUCAUUUGCCACACCUGGCCCAUUUACAGGCAGAGGUGACAGCCCUUAUGGAGUGCCAAUGUUUUUGAGGAAGUCCAGAAAGUCUUCUGAAAAGAUCGAUUCUCAUGACACUACAGAGGAAGAUGACACUUCAUCACAUGUGGACAGCCACGAACCCUCUUCUGCCAAAUCCCAUUCUUCCGAAAGUCAAGAUACUAGUGUAGAAACAGAGGACAAAAGUAACCUGCAAGAUAGCAAUGAGGUCCAUAGUGCAUCCCACCAUACAAGUUUAGAGAGUGACAGCCAGCAGAAACUUGACAGUGUUGAGGAAGACCACGACCAUGACGUAGACAAUGAGAUUGAAUAAUAAACGAAAACCAAAGCAGAGUCCAAAGAAACACACUUAUCUGAGAGAAUCCCUCCUGGAUUUUUGCAUGAGUGGGCUCAUCUAGGAUUGGAACCCAACUCUAUCUCUCUUUUUCUU